UGAGCGAUUUCUUAUAAAGUGUAUUGAGGAAAAGCAAGCGUCUGUGGGAUUCAAAAAGUGUCAACAUUGUAAAAUGUUAUCAAGAACGAAUCAUGUGACUUUGCGUUUGUUUCAUUUUAGAUCAGUGUGUUGUUCAAGCAUAUCUGUUGUUAAACAAAGUAGAAGAGAAUUUUAUAAUUUCAGUACAGUCAUGCAAGAUACACGACCCCCUGGUCACAGGAUUUACUUUUAAUUGUUAUUGUAGCCAGCGCCGAAUUGACCAUCUCAAACUUAUGAACUACUCCAUGUCAGUAGAUGAAGAGAAAGUUGAAGCAUUAGUCCACACCUCUGGUCUACACUAUAGUGACUUUGAUUCUAAAAAUGGACUACCAAAACCUUGGCAGUUAAUGAAGAUUUUGGAAUCAGCAAGGUUCUUCUCUCAUCAUUGGCCACUGGAUGAAACUGGUCGGACAUUCAGAGAUUAUGCCGAGGUAACUUCAGACCGUAUGACAUUCCUAAUUACUUCAAGGAUGGACAUUGACUUAAAUCUGUACAAACCAAGUGUUCCAAAAUGUCCGCUGGAUAUUAAAGUUCAAGGUGGCUAUGUUGGAAGCUCUUCUUUAAACUCCAUAGCAACAGUUCAGACAAAAUGUGGCCAGCAGUUGCUAAGCAACAUCAACCAAGUAGUGAGUAUAGAUCGGGCAACUCGUCGACCGAAAGCAUUACCAGACUGGUGGCGGGAAAAGUAUGCAAAAUCUGGAGAACAAUUUUCAUCCCUAAAGUUUGAAAAGUAUGCAAAACCAGAUUCGGUUGAACCUUUCACCAUACAAGUAGUGCGUAGUGACCUUGACGGUAAUAAUCACACAAACUGGAGUUGUUAUGUGCGAUACGCCCUUGACGGAGCUUAUCAUAAUGCAAAACAUGGAAAACUUGAUAGUCUUAAAGAUAUUGACAAAAGAGGUUUACAAAGCAUGGAACUUUUGUUCUCUGGUGAAAGUUUUGACGAUGAUAAACUGCAAGUAUAUGCUUGGCAACAAGAAGGGGACGGUGAUCAAAUACGUGUACAUAUUGAGAAAGAUGGUAAUUUUAUAUUUCAGGCAACUUUACGUUACUUCGAACAAUCUCUUUUCUGAUCAAGUUCAUAUGAUGAAUUUUAGGUAUAUGUGUAGAGAUACAACUAUUCUUUCAGCAUAUGUGUACAAAUAGUUUCAGCAUAUGUGUAAAUAUAUUUUCUGGAUAUGUGUACAAAUACUCUCAGCUUAUGUGUAAAUAUACUUUUAACAUAUGUGAAUAAUACUAAUGUUCUCAGCAUAUUUAUGUGCAUAAACACUUAAAUCAUAAGUGCAGAGAUUAUCAUAUUAGAAAAGUUUUCAUUCAAAUUCUCAAAACAUUAUGUAUUAUGUAUAUAAAAUUACUAUAUUGUCAUAAUAUAUGGUGCUAUGUUUCUGGUUUUGUAUUUAUAUAACUACUUUAAAUGUGUUUUCCUUACAACUACUUUUA